CCUCUCACUGUGACUGGCCCCUUAAGCUGAGCAAACAGUAGCAAAUUGCAGCUUUGACUCCUAGGAUCCUAGCUGCUCUGGACAUGCCUGACCUGGAAGGCCCUGUGGGGGUACAGGACCUUGUCCUCCUGGAACCCUUGGAUGAGGAAUCUCUGCUCAAGAACCUCCAGCUUCGCUAUGAAAACAAGGAGAUUUAUACCUACAUUGGGAAUGUGGUGGUCUCAGUGAAUCCCUAUCAGCAACUUCCCAUCUAUGGCCCAGAAUUCAUUGCCAAAUACCAGGACUAUACCUUCUAUGAGCUGAACCCCCAUAUCUAUGCUUUAGCAAAUGUGGCCUACCAGUCACUAAAGAAUCGGGACCAAGACCAGUGUAUCCUUAUCACCGGCGAGAGUGGAGCUGGGAAGACUGAGGCUAGUAAGCUGGUGAUGUCCUAUGUGGCUGCCGUCUGUGGGAAAGGGGAGCAGGUGAACUCUGUGAAGGAGCAGCUGCUUCAGUCAAAUCCAGUGCUGGAGGCAUUUGGCAAUGCCAAGACCAUCCGCAAUGACAACUCCUCUCGAUUUGGAAAAUACAUGGAUAUUGAGUUUGACUUCAGAGGAUCCCCCCUUGGUGGCGUCAUCACAAACUAUCUGCUUGAGAAAUCUCGAGUGGUGAAGCAACUCAAAGGGGAGAGGAACUUCCACAUCUUCUAUCAGUUACUGACUGGAGCAGAUGCGCAGCUGCUGAAGGCCCUAAAGCUUGAGAAGGAUGCAAGUGGAUAUACCUAUCUGAAUGGGGAAGUGUCCAGAGUAGAUGGCAUAGAUGACGCCUCCAACUUCAGGGCUAUGCAGAGUGCAAUGACAGUGAUUGGGUUCUCAGACGAUGAAAUUCAACAAGUGCUGGAAGUGACAGCUCUGGUGCUGAAGCUGGGAAACGUGGAGUUGAUGGAUGAGUUCCAGGCCAAUGGGAUACCAGCAAGUGGCAUUCGUGAUGAGAAAACUGUUCGGGAGAUUGGGGAGAUGAUGGGUUUGAAUUCAGAGGAACUAGAGAGAGCUUUGUGCUCAAGGACUAUGGAGACAGCCAAAGAAAAGGUGGUCACAGUCCUGAAUGUCACGCAGGCCCAAUAUGCUCGGGAUGCUCUGGCUAAGAAUGUCUACAGUCGCCUUUUCAACUGGAUAGUGAAUCGCAUCAAUGAGAGCAUCAAGGUGUGCACUGGGGAGAAGAGGAAGGUCAUGGGGGUCCUGGAUAUCUAUGGUUUUGAGAUAUUAGAGGAUAAUAGCUUUGAGCAAUUUGUGAUCAACUACUGCAAUGAGAAGCUGCAACAGGUCUUCAUAGAACUGACCCUGAAGGAAGAGCAAGAGGAAUACAAGAAAGAGGGCAUACCAUGGACAAAGGUGGACUACUUUGACAAUGGCAUCAUCUGUAACCUCAUUGAGCACAAUCAGCGAGGCAUCCUGGCCAUGCUGGAUGAAGAGUGCCUGCGGCCUGGGGUGGUCAGUGACUCCACUUUCCUAGCAAAGCUGAACAAUCUCUUCUCUAAGCACAGUCACUAUGAGAGCAAAGUCACCCAGAAUGCCAAGCACCAGUAUGACCACACCAUGGGCCUCAGCUGCUUCCGUAUCAGCCACUACGCAGGCAAGGUGACAUACAAUGUGGCCAGCUUCAUUGACAAGAAUAAUGACCUACUGUUCCGAGACCUGUCCCAGACAAUGUGGAAAGCCCGGCACCCCCUCCUCCGGUCCUUAUUUCCUGAGGGCAAUCCCAAAGAAGCAUCUCUCAAACGUCCCCCAACUGCUGGGACCCAGUUUAAGAAUUCUGUGUCUGUACUCAUGAAGAACCUGUAUUCUAAGAACCCCAACUAUAUCAGGUGUAUAAAGCCCAAUGAUAAUAAGCAGCGAGGCCAGUUCUCCUCAGAGCUGGUUGCAAUCCAGGUGAGGUACCUGGGACUGCUGGAGAACGUUCGGGUACGCCGGGCUGGCUAUGCCUUCCGCCAGGUCUAUAAGCCCUUUCUGGAAAGGUACCGAUUGCUGAGCCGGAACACUUGGCCUCACUGGAAUGGGGGAGACAGGGAGGGUGUUGAGAAGGUCCUGGAGUCACUGAAUGUGUCCUCAGAGGAGCUGGCCUAUGGGAAGACAAAGAUCUUCAUCAAAAGCCCCAAGACUCUUUUCCACCUGGAAGAACAGAGGCGCCUGAGGCUUCACCAGCUGGCCACCCUCAUACAGAAGAUUUACCGAGGCUGGCGCUGCUGCACCUACUACCAGCAGAUGCGGAAGAGUCAGAUCCUCAUCUCUGCUUGGUUUCGGGGCAACAAGCAAUUGAAGCACUACAGGAAGAUAAAGUCAUCGACGCUGAUAAUCCAGGCUUUCGUGAGAGGGUGGAAGGCCCGCAAGAAUUAUCGAAAAUACUUCCGGUCAGGAGCUGCCCUUACCAUGACAAAUUUCAUCUACAAGAGCAUGGUACAGAAAUUUCUACUGAACCUGAAGAACAAUUUGCCUUCCUCCAAAGUCUUGGACAACGCCUGGCCGGCUUCUCCUUACCGCUACUUCAACACUGCUAAUCAGGAGCUGAAGGAGCUCUUCCACCAGUGGAAGUGCAAGAAGUUCCGAGAUCAGCUAUCCCCAAGGCAGGUGCAGAUGCUGAGAGACAAGCUCUGUGCCAGUGAACUGUUCAAGGGCAAGAAGGCUUCGUACCCCCAGAGCGUCCCUGUUCCAUUCCAUGGUGAUUACAUUGGACUUCAGGGGAACUCCAAGCUGCAGAAAUUGAAGGGCAGGGAGGAAGGGCCUGUCCUGGUGGCAGAGACUGUGAAGAAGGUCAACCGUGGCAACGGCAAGAUGUCGUCACGGAUUUUCCUUCUGACCAAGGGGCAUGUGAUUCUCACAGAUGCCAAGAAAUCCCAGGCCCAAACUGUCAUUGGGCUGGAGAAUAUAGCUGGGGUAUCAGUUACUAGCCUCCAGGAUGGGCUCUUUACCUUGCAUCUGAGUGAGAUGUCAUCUGUAGACUCCAAGGGGGACAUCUUGAUGGUCAGUGACCAUGUAGUUGAACUGUUGACAAAAAUGUACCAGGCUGUGCUGGAUGCCACACAGAGGCAGCUUUCUGUCACGGUGACUGAGAAGUUCUCAGUAAGGUUCAAGGAUGGCAGCAUGGCUGUCAAGGUCAUCCAGGGCCCUGAGGGUAAGGGGAACCAUAAGCUGAUUUGCAAGAAGAAGGGGAGUCAUUCCAUGGAGGUGACUGUGCGGUGAAGAAGUUGGGGCCUCCUAGAGAUGCAUCUUCUUCUUGGACCAGAAGUUGGUUGGGGGGCCUUUGUGUUUAGUCCCUCUGGUCAUGAGGUGGGGCUUAGAGAUGAAGAACCCUUGAAAUGAAGAACGCUUGAAGACAGCUUUCUGUUCCCCCAUCCUUUCCAGAACUCUCCUCCAAAUGGAGCAUCCUCCAAG